AUGACUGGACGCGGAAAAGGUGGCAAAGGCCUCGGCAAAGGCGGAGCGAAGCGUCACCGCAAGAUCCUCCGUGACAACAUCCAGGGCAUCACCAAGCCCGCCAUCCGUCGUCUCGCGCGUCGUGGAGGCGUCAAGCGUAUCUCGGCCAUGAUCUACGAGGAAACCCGCGGUGUCCUCAAGACCUUCCUCGAAGGCGUCAUCCGCGACGCGGUCACCUACACCGAGCACGCGAAGAGGAAGACGGUGACGAGUUUGGAUGUGGUCUAUGCGCUCAAGCGUCAAGGGCGUACGCUUUACGGUUUCGGUGGAUAG